GUUCUGACGUCAGUCGCAGGACGCUCCACUGCACUCUUCCUGUGUUACCGCCCUUGGGUUCAGUCAGUGAGAAACCAGGCACGGAAGAAACUGCAUUUCAUCCUGAAGGACUGUCUCUGUUCUGGAGAGUCUUAACUCGGUGUCCCAAGUUUCAGGUUUGGAGCAGUGAAGAAACACUGUGGCUGUGGUCUGUGUCUCAGGGUCUCUUUCCAAGCUGUAGCUGCUGUCAUGGCGUUGUCGUACAAGAAGGACCUGGAGAAGUACAAGGAUCUGGACGAAGAUGAAAUCCUCAACAAGCUGUCAGCGGAGGAGCUCCAACAGCUGGAGUCAGCCCUGGAGGAGAUGGAUCCAGAGCAUGCCCUUCUCCCAGCGGGUUUACGUCAGAAGGAUCAAACCACUAAGAAGGCCUCAGAACCAUUUUCCAGGGAUCGUCUUCUCAAACACCUGGAGAAGGAAGCCAUUGAGUACAAGGACAGAGAUGAUAUAGUCCCCUUCACUGGAGAGAGGAAAGGUAAAGUAUUUGUUCCCAAGCAGAAACCAGUGGAAACAUGUCAGGACGAUGUGACGACCCUGGACCCAGAGUUAGAAGAAGCGUUGUCCAACGCCACAGACACAGAACUGUGUGAUCUAGCAGCAAUCGUGGGUGUUCACACGUUGGUCACCAGCAGUCAGACGUACGAUGGAAGUGGAGGCAAAGGGAGUUACAACAAUGUAGUCAAAGGAGAGAAGAUGACGCCGGUGUUUGAUGAGCCUCCGAAUCCCACCAACGUAGAAGAAACCCUGCAGAGGAUAAAGAGCAACGACAGCUCCUUAACAGAGGUCAACCUCAACAACAUUAAGAACAUUCCUAUUCCCACCCUGAAAGACUACGCCAAAGCCAUGGAGAAGAACACGCACGUCAAGAAGUUCAGUCUAGCAGCGACGCGGAGUAACGACCCCAUAGCUGUGGUCUUCAGUGACAUGCUACGAGAGAACAAAUCGCUGCGAAGUUUGAACCUGGAGUCCAACUUUAUCACCGGCGUAGGAGUCCAGGCUUUGGUGGAGGCACUGAGAGAUAAUGACACACUCACAGAGAUCAAGAUAGAUAACCAGAGACAACAGCUGGGAACCAGUGUUGAGAUGGAGAUCGCUAAAAUGUUGGAAGAGAACAAGAGCAUCAUGAAGUUCGGCUACCACUUCACCCAGCAGGGACCUCGCUCCAGGGCAGCUGCAGCUAUCACGAAAAACAACGACCUGGUCCGCAGGAAGCGAGUGGAAGGCGACCUGUAGGAACGGAGGCCAACCUGUGUCUCAGCCAAUCCUGUGUUUUCAUCUCAUCGUGUGGAAUAAUUUUCCUGCUCACAUCUCACUGUGUGGAAACUUAGGUCUUGUGCCAAACUGUGGGACAAGGCGAGCUCAACCAGAACACACGUCGGAAAAGAAGGAAAUUAACUGGAAUUGUCUCCCAUAUGCUUUUACGUACAUUUGUUUUUUUUAUUAUUAUUUUGAUGCUGAAGAUGUGAGUCAGGCUUUUGUUUAGACAUUUCAUUUCAGUUGGUCCUUCCUCGGUCUUAACAGAGUUUUAUUUGCUUUUUACUUUUUAUACUUCACUGCUACGACCGUGUAAAAUAAACAUGAACUUUACUAAGUAACAGAAACGAGGACAACAGCUGUAGUAAAACGGUUACUGAUCUUUAGAUUCUCCUUUUUCCUCCGCCCUCAUACUUUGCUGCUGAGGCUGAGAAUUAUAGUGGAGUCCUCGUAGUAAUUACCGGUUAUUAUAUGGUAUUUGGUCAUUGAAACCUGUGCGGUCAUCAGGUGUGGUGCGACGACCAUUGGUCUGGUGCAGGGCGUGGUUUUCACCUUUGCCCAGGUCAUCAAGGUCAUGGCUGUUCAAAUAUACUUUAAGUUGAAGUUUUAAUCCAAGAAAUUGAGCUGGGACGGACAUUUUCUGUGGCUAACGAACAGGAGCUAACUACAAACUAUAGGCAAAAAUGUUUAAACACACUUACUGCAAAUAGGCAUCAGUUUGGAGGCUGGAGUUUGUAAAUACACACGUAUUUGUCAUUUCAUGUCAAGGACACGAUACUGGGUAGUUUACUGCUAACACUGUCAGACACUCCAGCAAUGCAUUGUGGGAUGCAUGUUGCUAGACAACAGAAACUGUUGUGUUAAUGGUCUGUUUUACAGUCACUACUUGUAGUUCACUCAGUGUCCACAGCCUGGGCCACUCUGAGGUUGUGGCCGGACUACAUGUGGCCCUCGUGCCGUAUUUUGAAUAGGCAGGGUGCAGGGGUCAGAGUCAAUUUUAUCAGUUCACCAACAAAUCAAGAUCCCGAAGAGCUGCAAAUAUGUUUUCACAAUUUAAAUUGUGGUACUCCUGCAGUAAAUGAAGUUUUGAGUACUGUAGUAAGAUAUUUAUUUUAAAAAAUGCAACAAAAUAAAGGUGGUGGCAGUUACAGUACAGUACAGACAAAGUGAUUUUAAUAACACUUAGUCAACAUUACAUUCUCCCCCUAAAGCUUCCACACCUGAUCUUGAGUUAAAGAAGACAAUGACUUCAUGUUGUUUGGCUCUUAGCAUGGGCGCUAAAAAAUGAAAUGUGUUUCAACCAUGUCUGGUUCAAACUUGACUUUUGAAAACCUUUCCGGUCCAAUCCUGAACCGUAUCAGUGACUGCAGACGGUGCAGGACGCAGUACUUGAUUUACAUUUUUACCAAUCAGUUUGAUGCAUCGGCAGCUGCAUGAACAUUUUUGUGUCUUGAAGCUCAGCUGGGACUAAAUGUGGUCCAUUAAAAAACCCCAUAAAAGAUUAUCUCACUGUAGCGACUAAGAUCUGGAGCCACAGGUUGCAGACCCUUCUUGUCCCUGUCUGUGUUAGCUCUUGUGAACAGUGGACUCCUUCCACCAAGUGAAUACAUAGCCCAUUGUUGUUCGUUGAUGUUGCCUUGUUAAAGCUGCAUGACUGUUUGGCUGCGAACACCUGGUGCUGGUUAUGACGGAGUCAACAGAAAACACACCUCUGUGCUGUUGGCUCAUCUCAUUCUGUAUAAGCUGACGUUUUUAACAUUAUGGUUUUGAGUCUGAAGAGCUUCACAAAAUGCAGUGUGUUGUAUUUUUGAAACAGGAAACUCUGAAUUAAUUUAAAGGCUCGAUUACACUGUAAUUACAUCAUAUCUCCAGACGUUAAAUACAUCCAUGUUCAGUCGCCUGCUCCACAUGUCGGCUACAUCUGAUGUGUAACCAUGCCAAAGACUAACACAUGCAGUCCUUAAAGUCAUCGGUACCAGACUGGUCGGCUCUCCAUGUUUAGGUUCUGCAGUGAAGCAGUGGUUCAUCAGUCACUGUGUCCCUCAUCAUCACAUACUGUACUGUGUUUGCCUCAGAAACAACACACACACACACACACACACACGCCGCUUCAGAUUGGAAUCACUGGUCCAAUUAGAAAUAGACUUGAAAAAUUGUACAUACUGCUAAUGACGUGUAAUAGGAACAAAUAUCCUAGCAUGACGUUGUCGCGACCAAAUAUCAUCACAUUCCGGGCACAAGUAUGAUUUUUUAAAUUUUUUUUUCCAUGGUGCUUUUCUCUCUGUCAUCGCCUCAUGUACUGAUUCCUCUUUUUGAACCUUUAUUUCUUAACCAUUCCUUUCCUGAGCUGGUGGCUAAAGUGGAAUAUCUGCUUUCUAUCUUGGGCUUGUUAAUAAGUAAUGUUCAGUGAUGCUACAUCAUGGCUGUAUAGUGAAAAUUAUAGUGUAGUGAAAUUUAAACAUCUCAAAUUCACACAAGCACGUACACACACAAACACGGUUGAUGUGUGUGUGUGUGUGUGUGUGUGUGUGUGUGUGCGCGCGCUCUAUAUAAAUCUGCACAAGUCACUGCUGAGAUUUCUUUUGUACCGUGAUUAAAAUCCAGGUUGUAGACUUAACAAAAAGGAACAAACCACACAAUGGUUAAAGUGCACUGCUGAACAUGUGACAUCCUCAACAAUAAAUGUUUUUACAUAAUC